GUGCGACUCCUUCCUCUUCCGUCGAAUAGCGUUCGCUAGCAAGUUUACCGCCAGCUACCGGACGUCGCCCCACAAAAACAACAACGGUAUUUUGCACCAGAAUUGGUACGGUUCGUUUUACGAAUGAAACGCCAAAGCUUUUAAAGUCGGCAUUUCGAGCAACAUUCACUCAUUUAUUUUCUUUCGGAGCGAAACGACACAUUUAGCUUCCGUUCCCACCUUUCGUGCUCAUCUGUCGCCUUUUGAUGGCGUCAUGCGUGCUUUCAUAAACCCAAAUCGAUGAGUUUCAUUCAUGAAGACGUUUCCCCACGAAGCUAAAGAAGGUUUGCCUUUGGAGCAAGCGGACUCCCCCAAAACCUGUUUUUACCCCACUUAGUCAUAAAAAUGAAAUGGUUUAGACGUCAUAAAGCGUUUCUUUUGGAGUGGUGAGUCAUCUACAAUCCGGGCGUAUUUACGCCACACGGGGGCAGCGGUGAGAUGUUCGAAAGGCGGUUCAGUCAAACCAUGUCAACAUUGACGUCCAAUCCGUAACUAGACGCUUCUAGCCGUCCCGUCGAUGCCAAGAUGAGCACAUUUGCGGGUCGGAUGAAGGAAUAUCCUCACAUUUCUCUCGAUUGCUUCGACCAUGAGAACUUGGAAGCGCGAGCCUACUUCCUGUCGCACUGUCACAAGGAUCACAUGAGAGGGAUCAGAGCCCCCAAACUGCAGAGAAGGCUCAAGUCCAGCCGCCGAGUGAAAUUGUACUGCUCGCCGGUGACCAAAGAGCUUCUGCUGAGCAGUCGCAAGCAUCUCUUCUGGGAGGACUACAUCGUUCCGUUGGAGCUGGACAGCCCGACUCAGAUUUCUCUGGUGGACGAAGCGUCCGGGGAGAGCGAGGAGAUGGUGGUCACGUUGCUUCCGGCGGGCCACUGCCCCGGCUCCGUCAUGUUCCUGUUCGAAGGUCGACGCGGAAACGUCUUGUACACGGGAGACUUCAGACUGGCGCCGGGCGACGCCGCCAGGAUGGAGCAUCUGCAUUCGGGCGGCGGGGUGAAGGACAUCCAGAGUGUGUACGUGGACUCCACCUUCUUUGACCCGCGCUUCUACCAGAUUCCUUCUCGGGAGGCGUGCGUGGACGCCAUCGUGCGUCUGGCGGGCGACUGGAUCGCUCGGAGCGCCCGUCACGCGGUUUGGCUCAACUGCAAGGCGGCGUACGGCUACGAGUACUUGUUCGCCAGGCUGGCGGAACGCUUCGGCACGAGGGUGCACGUGAAUAACCUGCUGAUGUUCCGGAGAAUGCCGGAGAUCCUGAGCUACGUGACGGCCGAGCGCCGCACGCGGCUCCACGCCUGCCGACACCCCAAGGAGUCGUACACCCACGGCAACCGGCUGCCUUGCGGCCGGGGCGCGCGCGACGGCACCCGCGUGCUCAGCAUCAAACCGUCCACCAUGUGGUUUGGAGAGAGGACGCGCAAGAGCGACAUUGUCAUCAAGUCGGGUAGCGACGCCUUCCGAGCUUGUUUCAGCUUCCACUCGUCCUACUCUGAGAUCAGAGACUUCCUGUGCUACCUUCGACCCGUCCGCGUGUUCCCCAACGUGGUCCCGAUGGGGCGCACCCUGGCCGAGGUCACCGACAUGUUGCAGACGACGUGCAGGGCUCCGCCGCGGGAGAAGAUGGCUUACAAGCCGCUGGGGGCGCUCAAGCGCGGCAACGCAGAGAGGGCUACGUGCGAUUCCGUCAGCGAUGAUGACGACCUUUUCGAUGGCGCCGCCGCACCGCCGCUGAGGAAAAAGCCGACGGAGAGCGGUCGCGUCGCUAUCGAGCGCGGGCGAGCGCCCGCCGCCGCGCCCUCCGCCCGGGAGGAGAUCUCGCCGCGGCGGAUCGAGACAGAGUCAGAGUGCACGGAGGACCGGAACUACGUGGACUGCACCGAGUCGAACGACGACAGCGACGGCUACGAGGAGAGCGACGAAGACGACGAGAGGCGGCCGCCCAAGUGGGAGGACUUCUUCGGCGCCGAGCCGCCGCCCGACGGCCCCGGAAGCCGGAAAAGUGACGACCGAUCGCGACCUCGCUCCGGCCCGGCCCGCUCCGCGCAGACGCCGGAAGACCUGCGGAGUGAAGACGAGGACUUUGCGGCGUCGCAGGGCGGAACGGAACGCGGCGACGCCCCGUCCGACGCGGACGGUUCGCGAGCUUCUUCGGACUUUGACGUUCCGUGCACGCCGGAGUCCAAAAGGCCCACGCCUGAAGAACUGGCUUGCCUCUACAGAAAGUUGGCCAAUGGGGAUGACAUUUCCAGCUGUUGAUAGAGCGCAUCUUCGUCUAAUGGAAAAAGAUGAUUUUUUCGGACGAUAAGACUAUAUUUUGAACCCCUCGGCUUACAGUCCAGUGUGGCUGAAAUACGGAUUUUUACAAAUCGAUGAGCUGUCUUUUGUAGGGUUAUCAAUCCUUAAUUGUUGUAUCCAGAUGUAAUAUUUGAUUGCCAUUACCGUUUUUGAUCUACCAGAGGUCAUUUGAUUUGGCGCUACCCUUAAAUAGUCAUGGAAGAUAUUUGGGCAUUUUCCUCAUUCGGUGCCACGGACGGUGUUAGAUGUCCAAUUCAUAUGAAGCAGGAGGGUUGACGGCCAACUCAUUCGGCUUCAGUCAAAUGGAUUGGACAUCUAUUUGGGAAAGAUGGAGUUGAAUUUAGUUUUUAAGUGCGACACCACUGGAUUAUCAUCACCGGGACUGAAAGAGUUUAUAAAAAGGUAAAAAAAGAUAUAUAUCGAGUUGUGGCUGUGAAUGUAAUCAUCUCUGCGUGUGGCUUCUAUAUGAAUAAAUACUGUUUUGGUA